AAGUGGUUUCCGUCGAAGUGCCAGAAAGGCACAGCGACAGAAACUUCCGCGGCCACCGCGCGCAGAUCAUGCAACUCCUCGGAGUCCACCUAGCAACACAUGGGUUCCCUCGGGAGUUGCGCACUGACGGAACCCAUAGAGUAUGUGAUGGACGAUCAUGUACCAACUGAAACCUGCUGUAUCGCCCUCCGCACUGUCGCUCACGGCGGAGUGUGAGUCUCCCGCGGUGCGGUAGCAUUUAUAGGCAUCAGCGUGAACAGCGAAGUAUCCUGCUUCUUCCUCUGCAACAUGACCGAACAACGCUUCUAUAAGACACCCGAGUUCGAAACACUCCAGUUGCACGCCGGACAAGUGCCCGACUCGGCUUCGAACGCGCGGGCACCACCCAUCUACGCCAGUACAAGCUUCGUCUUCAAUGACUCCGAGCAUGCUGCCGACCUCUUCGCUGGUAGGAAGGUCGGUUACAUGUACUCUCGCGUCUCCAAUCCCACGGUGGAGGUAUUCGAGGCGCGUAUGGCUGCACUCGAAGGUGGAGUAGCUGCAGUCGCUGCUUCGAGUGGCCAGUCUGCGCAGUUCAUGGCGAUCUCAGCAAUUGCUGGUGCGGGUGACAACAUCGUGUCUACGUCAUUCCUGUACGGAGGAACAUACAAUCAGUUUAAAGUGUAUCUCAAGAAGUUUGGAAUUGGUGCCAAAAUCGUGACCGGGGAAGACCCGAAUACCUUUGCUGCCGCUAUUGACGAGAAGACCAAAGCGAUAUAUGUCGAGAGCAUCGGAAAUCCAAAAUACAAUGUCGUACCCUUGCCCGAGCUGGCGAAGGUCGCCCAUGAACAUAAGAUCCCGUUAAUUGUUAAUAACACUUUCGGGAUGGGCGGUUAUUUAGUGCGCCCAAUUGACCACGGAGCAGACAUCGUUGUGCACAGUGCGACGAAGUGGAUUGGCGGUCAUGGAACGACAAUCGCCGGAGUUGUCAUAGAUUCGGGCAAGUUUGACUGGGUCGGCUCAGGGAAGUUCCCGAUGUUUACUGAGGCCUCCGAGGGCUACCACGGCCUCGUCUUUAGCAAAGCCUUCGGGCCGAUGGCCUUCGCCAUGGUCUGCCGCCUGAUCGUCCUUCGCGACUUGGGCUCCUGCAUGAACCCGUUCGCAGCGUUCCUCCUCCUUCAGGGCCUCGAGACACUCAGCCUCCGGGCAGAGCGCCAUUCGCAGAACGCGUUGGCGCUUGCAAGGUUCCUCGAGCAACAUCCCAAGGUCACCUGGGUGUCCUACCUUGGACUUGAAUCCCACACGUCGCACCAGCUCGCACAACAGCUGUUGCGACCGAACAUGUACGGUGGCAUGUUGAGCUUCGGUGUCAAGGGAGAUGCCAAAGCGGGCAGCGCGGUGGUUGACAACCUUAAGUUGGCGAGCAAUCUCGCGAACGUUGGCGAUGCAAAGACGCUGGUCAUCCACCCUGCCACAACGACCCAUCAGCAGCUCAGUUCGGAGGAGCAAUUGGCGUCUGGCGUAACUCCCGACCUGAUUCGCGUAUCGGUUGGAAUCGAGAACGUCGCAGAUAUCAUCGCCGAUUUUGACGAAGCUUUGAAAGUCAUUGCUUGACGUCCGUUAGCCGGGAUUUGCAACUUGUUGCAGCAUAGCGGCGGCAUCUAAGUACUUGAAUGGAAAUGCUUGUUGGACCGGAAACUGUUGUUAAAUGAAACACCAUAUCUGCUUAGCGCGUACAGGCGCCUUCGCACGUCC